CUUUAAAGGAGGAUUAGACAAAUUCAUGGCUGACACGGGUUUCAGAGAGGGUUCUCACAUAGCCCUACUUGGAGUUGCUGGGGAUUGAAACUGGGACCUUUUUCAUGCAAGGCAAAAGGGUGUCUGAUAGCAGUGAUGGGUAGAGUAGGCUGCUGCCAGUCAGAGUAGCCAGUAUAGAGCCAGAUGGAUGAAUAGCCUGAGCUAGUAUAAGGCAGCUUUUCUGUGUUUCAGAUUGCAUCUUUUAAAGGGAGUGAAACUGGAGCAGAAACUGGUUUGCUGUACCAAGUUCCUGUAAGGCUAGAAUGCUAUUUUGGGGUGUGAAAUGUCCCUUUUCGGGAAAAGGGUCGUUGCAAUCUCCUGGGCACUCAGAAAAGAAAGUCUUGUUUUUUUCUGGCUCACCUCUUAGGUCAUGUGCCCGGAAUGAUUCUACAUCCAGCAGGUCAUCUCCAGAGUCUAACCACUCCCAUUUAUUACAUCACAAGGCGGGAUCCCGGUCUUCACACAGCAGAUCCUGUUCAUCAGGGACAAGAUCCUAUUCACGUUCUCCUAGCUACUCACCCAAGUCCUGCAAGAGAAGCCCCGGCAGCAGAAGCUCCAGGCAGCGGCGAAGCCCCAGCUAUGCUCGCUAUAGUCCUAUCAGGGACCGUGAACGAGAUCACAAGUACGGGUCCAGUGGGAAGGAGUCUCACAGGCACCGUGACCGCCGACGCCGCAAACAGUCAUAUUCACCCAUGAGGAAGCGGAGAAGAGAUUCCCCCAGCCAUCUGGAAGCCCGACGCAUAACAAGUGCCCGGAAGCGCCCAAUCCCCUACUACCGCCCCAGCCCCUCUUCCUCAUCCCCCAGCAGCAUCAGCAGCUACUCCUCCUGGCACAGCCCCUUCAGCUACUCCCCCAGCCGUAGCCGCAGCUACUCCAGCAAAAGGACCAGCCGCAGCAGAAGCUGGAGCAGCAGCGGCAGCAACCGGAGCCGCAGUGGCAGCAGCUCAGGGGCACGGAACAGCCGGCGGAGCGGCAGCAGGAGCGGCGAGUCGGCAGGCAGCUACAACAGCUUGCGGCGUUAGCGGACCACGCCCAGGAGGGGGUGCCCUUCCCUCCCACUUCAAUGGACUCAACGAAAUGAAUUUCUCAAGGGGCAGAUCCGGAAAGGCGUCCUGUUCUUGACCGGAAGCAAACGACACCACUCGUUCAGCAACCCUACGUUGCGGGGGACAUCCCAGAGGGAUGCAUCUUUCUAUCUUUUUUCCACCUGACCCACCAACCCAUGGGAAAAAACCAGCAAUGAAAUUGAUCCCUUGUCAUUGCAGGCCGGCGAGUGCAAACCUGGGCUGUCUCUAGCACGUUUCUCCUGCACGGAUGGGAUCUGCUUCACACCAGUCCAUCAGCUCUGGGAACUCAAGAGAACUGGGUGCGUCCUCCUCUUGCCUGUAUCACAGCCACCGUUGGACCGUCCCAUUGAGGGAGUGCUGUUGAUGCCUCACCCCAAAUUCCUCCACUAUUCAGCAGGUCAUGUUGCUGGUUCCUGUUGCUCCCCAUUAAAGGCGGAGUAGACUUUGCUAUGUCAUCCAUUAAGAAGCCUGCAUUGCAGGGGGCUGAACUUGGAUGGCCCUCCCAACUCUACAAUUCUAUGAUCGAUUCCUUUGAGCUUCUGUCCUCCGUGUCCUUCUUCCUCUUGUGAUCUGCACCCUCAAUCUUCCCUGGCUGACCCAGGCGGCUGCAGAAACCUCGCCUUCUGCCACCAGAGAGUGACAGUCGUGUGACAACAAACUAGUUGCCGGCCUUCCAAGGACGUCAAACUGGAUCGUCAAACUCAUCGUUAAUGUGACGGCAUCUCCCAGUCCAAGCCAUGGAACUUAGUAUGACCCAAGGGUGAGGAACCUGUGGCCUUCCAGAUGCUUGAUGGACUCCAUCAACGUCCAUCAACUCCAAGCCAACAUGGCCAACAGUCAUGGAUGUUUGUGGUCUUCCCAGCUGGGUCAUCUUGAUUGGCCAUCACAGGAUGCUGGACGAGAUGGGCCUUUGGCUGGGCUCUUCUUAGAUAUUUUUGGAGAGUUGAAGUCCCACAACAGCUGGAGGGGCAUGGGUUCCCCACAACCAGGACCACCCCCAACCUACGAUUCUCAAACCCACCUCCGGAAUUAAUGAGGAGGAGUUAAAAUCUACCGAGCUAAUGAUGCAGGGAAUUUGAGGGAGGGGGUAAAGUGAAGUGAAAUAGCAUCUCCAACAUAGAUAAGGGAAGUCCAUCACUCUGAGGAAGGCAAGGCAUCAUGCGCAUUAAUACCCUUUGACCCGUAGCAACAUUCAUUUUUGUAAAAACCUGUAUAAAUAGAGGCAAAAAAGGAGAGAGAGAGACAGAAGUUCUGUGUUAUUUAUUGGAGGUGGGAGGGAUCUCUGAACAACCCCCUCCUCCGCUGUAUUGCAUCCACCCCAACCUUUCCUGCCAGACCACAUAGAGGGUGGUUAAAUGUGGGAUUUUGCAAACCCUGGAAAGAUGUGCCUGCUUAGAGGGCUGUCCACAGGCGUUUGACUCCGUGGCAGCAAAGUCUCCUUCUUUUCCCCUCAAUCCGACCGUGUGCUGUUAUAUGUUCCUUUGUUAUUUAUUGAUUGCUGUAAUUAUUUAUUACGUUUGGGAUUCGGUCCUGAGUUGCAUGUCAAUCACUUGCUGUCGCUAUCAAAGUUUAAUUUAUUCCCAUUUUUGAGCACUAAGUUAUUAGUAUUUAUUAUUAUUAUUGGGGUUGUUUUGUUUCAUUUAAUGCAGGAAUGUAGAGGCCCACGAGUGACGUUCAGGCUCAGUUUUACUAUAUUUUGCUACCUCUGGCUCUUUCCCCCUAAUUAGGAAUGUCAGAAAACUCUGAUGAAAAUGGAAAUAGGAGUGGAAAUUGCUGGUGUUUGGUCCCAUAUCUGGGGUGGAAAUCAAUCCGAUGAAUUCAAUUGGGAUUCACUGUUAUUGGUUUCAAUCUGCAAAUCAUAUGUUGCUGAUUACACCCCCUUUUCACUAUUAGCAUUGUGUUUUCUUUGCAUUGAAAUGAUGGGUGGAAAAACAUUACUAUUGUUUGUUAUUAUUAUUAUUUUAAUUUAUUACCUGCCCUUUACCCUAAGGUCUCAGAGUGGAUUGCAACAAUUGAAACUCAACGUUAAAAACAGUUUAAAUCCACUUACAGUCACAAAAUUAAUGCGGGUCCUAUCGCAAUGACAAUAUGCAAUGAUUACAGAAAUUACGCAAAUUGCGUAAUCUCACCACAGCAGAUGGCGAGACACGACGGUAAAAGUAGCUUAAAACAACUGACAAUCACAAAGUAGGGUUGGGCCCUAUUGCAAUGGCAAAGUCAUUUACAUAGUUAGUUACCUAAAUCACAUGUUUCACAAUUUUGCCCCAGUGGACCUGGAAAAAAAGAACAUUGCUUUGAAUGGAAGACGAAUCGCAGCAGUCAGAAGCAGUGCUGCACGCAAUCAGAGGCAUAGCAAGGUCAGAUGGUACCCAGUGCAGAAAAAAAAUUGUCACCCCCCCCCCCAAAGUUGUUGAAGGUUAGGGAAGGUUGCCCAGAGUUGUUGAGCAAAUCCGACCGCCAAUCGCAUAAAACCACCCGCCGGAGGGUGCAAACGCAGCCCAACGGGGGGUGCAAGACUGAUCGCCAGGCGUAUUUACACACCCCCUAGGCAUGACACGCCAGGAUGCAGGUGGCGCUGCGGGUUAAACCACAGAGCCUAGAACUUGCCGAUCAGAAGGUCGGCAGUUUGAAUCCCCGCGACAGGGUG